AUGGUGGGCAUUGCUCGUUCACGAGGCUGCCAGACUUGCAGAAGGCGCAAGAUAGCGUGCGGCCUAGAGAAGCCAUACUGUCACCAAUGCAUCAAAUCAAAGCGAGUGUGUACAGGUUAUCAACCCUAUCCCAUUUUCAUUCAGCACAAAGUUCCGUCCAAUACCACCACCAAGCUGGAUGUUUGUGCUGAACGAGGGAUCAGUGCCUCUGGAGCCGACCAGAACGCCGGCGCCCGGCAAACUGUCCUGCCAAACUCCAAGUACAUCAGUUCAGAUCAUGGCAGCAAUGUGCAGCUGGCCAUGUCGCUCGUCCUAGCUGGACAGGUCGAUCCGCAGCCCGUGAUACGGCAGCAACUCCUCGAAGAGUACCUCAGCCUCCAUUUGCCGGCACAUCAGCUCGGUCCAAUGCAGCGACGGCUGUGGCUGUUUCAGCUGCCAACUAUCCCCAAAAUGAGCCCUGCACUGGAGAUAGCGACGAUGGCACUAUGUUUGGCGAAAAUGAGCGACGUUCACAACGACUCUAUCCUCCGACAUGAGAGCCUCGAGCUGUACCACAGAGGGCUGCUCCAACUCCAGAAGGCGCUCUGGGAUCCUGAACAGAUGUACGACGAGCAGACGCUGGCGGCAUGUGUUGCACUGGCCUCAUACGAGUUGAGUCAGUGUCCCAACAACUCGAGGCACGGAUACAUCAUCCAUACAGCUGGUUGCGAGAAUCUGAUUCGCCUCCGCGGGCCGGAGGCACACAAGGACGGGUUGGCACACCAGAUCUUCAUUCAAUAUCGCGUUCAGGGGAUUCUAUACGCGCUAAAUCAAAGGCAACCGACCUUUCUAACAGAACCUGUAUGGCAAAGUGUGCCGUAUGAAAAUAACCCCAAAACAGUAUUUGAUCAGGUCUACGAUUUUAUCACAAUCGCAACGGAUAUGCACAAACACGGCGAGCGGAUACCAUUUAUGGACCCCAUUAGCCGGUAUCGAACCGGGAGGCAGAUGAUUUCAGAAUGUUGGAGGACGGAUCGUGCUCUUGCUUCAUUAUAUCAUCGACUCAUUAUGAGUCAUGACGGACCUCUAUAUUGGUCCGAACAGGCCGGGAGGCAAACCGUCGAGGACGAGGACAAUGCUAAUAGCAAUAUGCCGCUCUUCCCCGCUGCAUUCCACUUCCCGAAUCUGACUAUCGCCAGCACGGUCCUCGUCUUUUGGGCUUGCGAAGCGAUGUUAUGGCAGGGAAUGAAUCAACUCUACCGCCUCAUGGGAGAAUUGCGCAGGGAGUGCGACAAGAACGACUUUUUCAAAAGCGCAUUGAUGGUCUCGGAGGCGUUCUCGGGGUUUUCAGCAGAUACCGAUCCCUUUGAUCUGCCGGCUCUGGAACAUCGAGUAGACUUUGCAGCUCCUGCGCGAAACAUCUUCCAGUCCGUGGAGUACUGUCUGAAGGAGGAGAUGCGGGACCAUGGUCCAAAAUCGGUGGCGGCACCGUUGCGUAUUGCCAUGGAGACACUGAGAGCCUACCCCGAGUAUCGGCGGGACGUGGAGUGGGCGGAGGAGGCGAUGAUUAAAGUCCAACAACGAUCUUUGCGUCUGCUCAUGUACUACACUGGCACUGAGGAGCAUUGA